CCUGUCAUCUCUGCGAAGAAUCCGAAAAAUCGCAAAACGAUCCUGUGGCGAGUGUUCCGAGGAGAAGCCAAAUUACGCUCGAAAAAACUUUCUAUCGACUUAGUUUUUCGCGAAGAUAUUUCCCGAAAUGGCAUCGCUCAUUCUGAGAAACGCCUGCCGACGCACUUUGCUGCAAAGCCAAAACACUGCUGGGCCACUUUUUGCCGUACGUACCGUGGUGCUGAAACCGGUGCAGGCGGACAACCGUCCCGGAGAGUCGCACGAUGAUCGCAAUGCUCGGCUUCAGCGACCCCAGUCUCCCCAUUUGUCCAUCUACGCUCCGCAGCUCACCAGUAUGCUGUCGAUCACGCAUCGCAUGACCGGUAUGGCUUUGGCCGGGUACGCCACCAUGAUGGGACUGGGAGCGCUGGCUUUGCCGCACGAUGCCACCCAUUAUCUGACCAUGCUGGAAGGACUGAGCGCUCCCACGCUGAUGGCACUUAAAUUCACCUUGGCCUAUCCAUUCGCUUUCCACUCCGUCAACGGAGUACGUCAUCUGUUCUGGGAUAUGGGAAAGUUCCUGACCAUCAAGGAGGUCUACACCACCGGAUACACUAUGCUGGCAGUUUCCGGUGUGGUAGCCGCGGCCCUAACCUUCAUGUAAGCGGAGGUAACCAGUGACUAGCAACUAUUCGGGUGAGAUAGGCUACCCUCUCAGGGCUUGCAUUGAUCGUGCUUUUAAAGCUAGUUAUCUCACGAACAUUGUCUAAAAGAUUAUUUAUUUGGAAUUCAUAAGUCGGUAUUAAAUGUAAUUCAUAAAA